AUGGAGAAAUGGAAUCAGAGCUCAAGUGAUUUCUUUUUGUUGGGGUUGUUUCCCCAAAACCAAAUUGGCCUACUACUUUUGCUGCUCAUCAUCUCCAUAUUCUUUGUGGCCUUACUUGGAAACUCAACUAUGAUCCACCUCAUUCGUGUGGAUCCCAGGCUCCACACACCCAUGUACUUUCUCCUCAGUCAACUCUCUCUCAUGGACCUGAUAGAUGUCUCUGCCAUUGUUCCCAAGAUGGCAUUCAACUUCCUCUUUGACCAGAAAAGCAUCACCUUCCUGGGCUGUGGAGCUCAAGCUUUUUUCUUUAUGACCAUGGCAGGUUCUGAGGGCUUGCUCCUGGCUUCCAUGGCCUAUGACCGUUUUGUUGCCAUCUGCCACCCUCUUCAUUAUCCCAUUCGCAUGAGCAAAACGAUGUGCCUGAAGAUGAUUAUCGGGUCCUGGGCACUUGGCUCCAUUAACUCUUUAGCACAUACGAUCUAUGCCUUUCACAUUCCUUACUGCCAUUCUAGGUCCAUUAACCAUUUCUUCUGUGAUGUCCCAGCCAUGUUGCCCCUGGCCUGCAUGGACACUUGGGUUUAUGAGUACAUGGUGUUCGUGAGCACAAGCCUAUUUCUUCCACUUCCUUUUCUUGGCAUCACAGCUUCCUAUGGCCGGGUCCUUUUUGCUGUCUUCCAUAUGCACUCAAAAGAGGGAAGGAAAAAGGCCUUCACCACGUGUUCAACUCACUUAACUGUGGUGACAUUUUAUUAUGCACCUUUUGCCUACACUUAUCUUCGACCUAGGAGUUUCCGUACACCCACAGAAGAUAAGAUUCUGACUGUCUUCUACACUAUGCUCACCCCCAUGCUCAACCCCAUCAUCUACAGCCUGAGGAAUAGUGAAGUCCUUGGAGCCAUGGCAAGAGUCUUUGGGACAUUGUCUUUCAUGAAAACUUGA